AUGGUGGCGAUCGAGAACCAGAGCCAGGUCGCGCGGGCGGUGGCGGUGGCGGCGGAGGCGGUGCCGGUGCCGGGGCCGCGGAUCCCCAGGGAGGCGCGGCGCCUGCUGCACGAGCUGGCGGCGGCGUGGGCGGACGUGGCGGACUGCCGCGCGCUGGAGGUCGUGCCGCUCAAGGGGGCCAUGACCAACGAGGUCUACCAGGUGCGCUGGCUCACCGGCCUAACCGGCGGCCCUGCCGGCGAGGCGGAGAAGCCCAGGGGGGAGAGGGAGGUGAGGAAGGUGCUCGUGCGGAUUUACGGCGACGGCGUCGACCUCUUCUUCGACCGCGAGGACGAGGUGCGCACCUUCGAGUGCAUGUCCCGCCAUGGCCAGGGUCCCCGCCUCCUCGGCCGCUUCCCCAACGGCCGCGUCGAGGAGUUCAUCCACGCAAGGACAUUGUCAGCUGCCGACCUUCGUGAUCCUGAAAUUUCAGCUCUUGUAGCUUCCAAACUGAGGGAAUUCCACAACCUUGACAUGCCUGGUCCCAAAUCUGUGCUCAUUUGGGACAGACUGAGGAACUGGCUCAGAACUGCCAAGAACUUGUGCCCAUCUGAAGAAGCCAAGGAAUUUCGGUUGGACAGUGUGGGGAACGAGAUUACUGCAUUGGAGAACGAGUGUUCAGUUGAUUACCAAUGGAUUGGUUUCUGUCACAAUGAUCUUCAGUAUGGCAAUAUCAUGAUUGAUGAAGAGACCAACGUGCUGACCAUCAUUGAUUAUGAGUAUGCAAGCUUCAACCCAGUUGCAUAUGACAUUGCUAACCAUUUCUGUGAGAUGGCAGCAGACUAUCAUUCAUCAAAGCCUCAUAUACUGGACUACAGCAGAUAUCCAGAUGUUGAUGAGCAGAAGCGCUUCGUUAGGACCUACCUGAACAUUUCUGGUGAGGAACCUGAUGCAGAAGUUGUGGAGAACCUGCUCCAAAGCAUUGAGAAGUACAUGCUCGCCAGCCAUCUAGUAUGGGGCCUCUGGGGAAUAAUUUCGGACCAUGUUAACGACAUUGACUUCGACUACAAGGAGUAUGCGAGGCAGAGAUUCGAGCAGUACUGGCAGAAGAAGUCUGCAAUCUUAACAUCUUGA